AUGGCUUGCCAGACAACACUUCCCGCCUCGUGGUAUACCAGCAAAGCCAUCUAUGGUCUCGAGAGGCGAGCCAUCUUUCUCAAGAGCUGGAUUCUCCUGGGCGCCGUCACCAAAUGGCCAAACGCCCAAGAAGACUAUCGCUGCGAGUUGGCGCAGGUCAACUACACUAUUCGGCGGUCUUCUGCUGAUUGGAAGACCAUCAAAAUCUUUUCCGACUCUGGUUCGGAGAUACGCAGCUACUUGACGACAGGCGGCCUGCUCUUCAUGACCUUGUCCGACGAGACAGUCAGCUUCCAGGAAUUCUUCCCAGGCCUAGAAGAGCUGAUCAAGGACUGCGACUUUACAGAUCUGCCCCUUCAGCGGCCCCUCAAUUAUGUCGGAAACUACAACUGGAAAACCCUAGUCGAUGGAUACCAGGAAUGCCUUCACUGCGCCUAUGCCCACCCCGAGUUUUCCAAAAAAUACACACCCACCACGUACAAGGUCAUCAACAGACACAACUACUCUCAGCACCUCGCGGGUCCUUGCUCAGCCAACGAUGGUUUGUUUGUUUACCUGUUCCCAAACUCGACCCUGAGCAUCUACGGUGGCGGCAUGACCUCAUGGCGCGUGUGUCCGUUGGAGGAGCCUGGCAACAGCGUCAUGGAGUUUGAUUACUAUCAUCCUGCACCUGCCGGCUCCGAAGAGUUUGAGGAUUAUUACAAGUUCACUCGCCAAGUCGCCUUGGAAGACAUGGAGCUCUGCGAAAAGACGCAGCAGAACCUCAACAUCGGUGUCUACACCGAGGGUAUUCUCAACCCGAACAAGGAGAAUGGUGUAGUCUACUACCAGAGCCGAGUGCUAGAGAUGUGCUCUGCUCAGUUCGAAAAGGACAGGCUCAAGUCCAACGCGCCACCGCCUCAACCUCUGGAGUCUAGCACGGCUCAGGUCGCGGAGAGUUUCCGUGAGGAGGCCCCCAGGCAGACAUUGAAAAAGGCCAAGCAUGAAAAGAGUCGGCAUGGGUGCGUGACUUGUAAAGCAAAGAGGAGGAAGUGCGACGAGCUCAAGCCCUCAUGCUCGCAAUGUCUUCGAAGACGGGUUCCUUGCGGUGGUUAUAGUUUGGAUUUGAUAUGGAAGGAAAUCGAGAAACCCGACCAGACAAGUUACUUUGCACGCAAGACGACCAAAACAAGACAACUCCAGACGGUUCAUUUUCAUCAAACUACAUUAUCCGAUAGACCACAAGAAAGAAUCAAUUCUCCACUCCCAUCGUCGAGAAUAUCCGAGGACCCGGAAUCCAACACGAUGGAGGUUGUGGCUAGCCCAAGACCCCAGGACGACGAUAUCCUCCAAGCGCUCGAUUCUCCCGCUGCUCCCUCUCUCGGCAUAUCAUUCAGUCCGACGGAACAAGUCGCAGACUUUGAUAUGCUCUUCCUGGACCUCAAUGCCAUCGUGGACCCAAAAACAAACAUGACAGAGGAGAGUACCGAAGCCGUGUUGCCCAACUUUCUUGAUCUUGCAUCGGAGAAUCUUGGCGCGUCCGACAUUCUUUCUGAUCAAGACCCGGAUGUGCUGGAUUCUGCCGAAGACUCAUGGAUCUCGGCCCUGAAUCUAGCUGUGAGCCCUUCGCUUCAGCUAAACGGACAUGGCCUCUUCAACCUGUACCGGCAACCAGCAAUCCGAGACAACAGCCCAGAGAGCAUCGCUAUGCUCUAUAACAAUCGUAUAUGCGAAAUCCUCUACAUCAAGGAAGACCCGACCGGGAACCCAUGGCGCAAAGUGGUCUGGCCCCUGGCAAAGGAUCACCCUGCGCUGUACCACGCCAUCGCCGCCAUGACAUGCUUCAAUGGAGCCAAGUGCCUGCCUCGACUACGCGCUGAGGGGGUGAGGCAUUUGGAGAAUAGUAUGGGAAAGCUCUCGGUCGAGGUCAACGGUAGCAUGCGCCUCGAGGUGGCCCUCAUCGUCACGCUUGCUCUGAGCAUCGCCCAGACUUGGUACUACCCUCGCGCAUCUAAUGGCAUCAGCCACAUCAACAAGGCGAAAGACCUUCUUCAGCAAGGCCUCUCUAAGGAUCUCGCGUCACGACCUCUCGAGGGUAAUCUCUGUUUGAGCUUCCUCGCCAACCUCUGGCUCUACAUGGAUGUCCUCACGAGAAUUACCUGCUCCAAUGUCCAGGCUAUGGACUUGGACCUCAUGACUGCUUGCAGCUCGACAAGUCCUUGCCCCGAGCCUCAGGUUGACCCUCUCAUGGGAUGCGCCGGGACACUGUUCCCGUUGAUUGGCCGCGUCGCCGAUCUUGUCCGACGUGUUCGCAAGACGCAGGAUAAACUCAACUCGCCCGUGAUUGUCGCCCGAGCCGUGGAUCUAAUGAUGGCCAUCGAGUGCUGGACUCCCUCCAUGAGCUUGGAGGUCGCAGGGGACGCCGAGUCCUUGACCCCAAAUGCUUCAGACCUGGUGCAGACGGCAAACUCCUACAAAUGGGCCACACUGCUUCUACUAUAUCAGGCAGUACCCGAACUCCCCAUCCGCUUCUCUUUUUCGGAAAUGGCGCGCAAGGUGCUUGUGCUCAUCGCCACAGUUCCACUUCAUUCCCGGGCAGUCAUCUUCCACAUCCUACCCCUCAUGAUAGCCGGUUGCGAGGCAACAGAGGCAGAAGAUAGAGAUUGGAUCCGUGACAGAUGGAAAUCGAUGACCAUUGGAAAUUCAUCUGGGAUCGUGGACAGGUGUUUGGAGUUGACGUUGGAGGUCUGGAGGAGGCGGGACAGUUAUGGGAAGCACCGUCAAUCAUCUGAGGGAUCCAACCACGGAAGGACGGGUAACUCUCUUUUCUCAGCAGGAUCACGGGAUGCUGGAUUGGACUUUGAGCAAGACGCUUCAGGACUCAAGACGGACGCCAGGAACUACACGGUAAAAAGCAGGUUGCAUUGGUUGACCGUAAUGGAAGAAUGGGGCUGGGAAGUAAUGCUGGGCUGA